UAGUCCGUUAUUGUCACCUUUGACCACAGCGGAAUUGUGGGUAGUCGUUUUUUAUCGUCCAUCUUUGUAAGAAGCAGAAUGGCGUACAUCUUUCGACUCGGGUCCAGACAGGCCAAACGUCUGGCUGAACAUGUCAGCUACGCACGGUUCUUCCACUCCAGCAGUACCCUGGCACAGAAGGCGGCUAUGAGCCGCUUUGAGCCAGACAGAUUCAUCGAGUAUGAAACGCUGGACAAGAAAAUCAACAUCGUACGGAAGAGACUUGAUGCCCCCAUGACACUGGCAGAGAAGAUUGUGUAUGGGCAUCUUGAUGAUCCAGUCAAACAGGACAUUGAAAGAGGUGUAUCCUACCUGAAGUUGCGGCCAGACAGAGUAGCCAUGCAAGAUGCCACUGCCCAGAUGGCUAUGCUACAGUUCAUCUCAAGUGGUCUACCAAAGGUUGCGGUCCCCUCCACCAUUCACUGUGACCACUUGAUUGAGGCUCAGAUUGGAGGAGACAAGGAUCUCAGCCGUGCCAAGGACCUGAACAAGGAGGUGUACAACUUCCUUCAGACAGCAGCGGCAAAGUACGGUGUAGGUUUCUGGAAGCCUGGCAGCGGGAUUAUCCACCAGAUCGUACUGGAGAACUACGCCUUUCCUGGGGUCAUGCUGAUUGGUACAGACAGCCACACCCCCAACGGAGGUGGCCUGGGAGGUGUGUGUGUAGGUGUGGGGGGUGCUGAUGCUGUAGACGUCAUGGCGGGAAUACCAUGGGAACUCAAGUGUCCUAAGGUUAUUGGUGUGAAACUUACAGGUGAAAUCAGUGGAUGGACCUCACCCAAAGAUGUCAUAUUGAAGGUGGCUGAUAUCCUGACCGUGAAGGGCGGUACGGGCGCCAUCGUAGAGUACCACGGUCCUGGCGUGGACUCCAUCUCAUGUACCGGUAUGGGAACCAUCUGUAACAUGGGCGCUGAGAUCGGCGCUACGACCUCCAUCUUCCCGUACAACAAGCGUAUGAAGGACUACCUCGUCUCCACCGGACGGGAAGAGAUCUCUAACCUUGCUGAUGAAUUCUCGGAGCAUCUCAAACCAGAUGAAGGGUGUGAAUAUGACCAACUCAUCGAGAUCAAUCUCAGUGAACUGAAGCCCCACAUCAAUGGUCCGUUCACCCCUGACCUGGCCACACCUGUGGCUGAAGUUGGAGAGAGAGCCAAGAAGAGCGGCUGGCCACUGGACAUCAGAGUCGGUUUGAUUGGAAGCUGCACCAACAGUAGCUAUGAGGACAUGGGUCGGGCAGCCAGCAUAGCCAAACAGGCCUUAGCACAUGGAGUCAAGUCAAAGUCGUUGUUUACAGUGACUCCUGGUUCAGAACAGAUCCGAGCAACGAUUGAGAGAGACGGCAUUGCUGAAGUACUAAGGGACAUGGGAGGUGUAGUCCUGGCCAACGCCUGUGGACCGUGUAUCGGUCAGUGGGACAGGCAGGACAUCAAGAAGGGCGAGAAGAACACCAUCGUCACGUCCUACAACCGCAACUUCACCGGGCGCAACGACGCAAACCCUGCUACACAUGCCUUCGUCACAUCUCCAGAGAUUGUGACGGCCCUGUCCAUAGCUGGCACCCUGGAUUUCAACCCAGAGACAGAUGAACUAACUGGUGCCAAUGGUGAGAAGUUUAAGCUGGAGAGCCCAUUUGGGGAUGAGCUACCUGCAAAGGGCUUUGACCCCGGGCAGGACACGUACCAGCACCCUCCGCAGGACGGCACGUCGCUGGCCGUCGACGUGGAUCCAAAGAGCGACCGGCUCCAACUGCUCAGUCCCUUCGACAAGUGGGACGGCAAGGACCAUGAGGACAUGGCUGUACUCAUCAAGGUAAGGGGCAAGUGUACUACUGACCACAUCAGUGCGGCCGGCCCCUGGCUCAAGUACCGUGGACAUCUGGACAACAUCUCCAACAACUGUUUCAUCGGAGCCAUCAACAUUGUGAAUGGAGAAGCCAACAAUGUGGAGAACGUGUUAACAGGAAACUGGGGAGGCGUCCCUGACGCUGCUAGACAUUACAAGGCACAUGGUCUGAAGUGGGUGGUAGUGGGAGAUGAGAACUACGGUGAGGGCAGCAGCAGAGAGCACGCCGCGCUGGAGCCCAGGCACCUCGGGGGCCGCGCCAUCAUCGUCAAGAGCUUUGCACGUAUUCACGAAACCAAUCUGAAGAAGCAAGGCAUGCUUCCACUUACUUUUGCAAACCCUGCCGACUACGAUAAGGUCCAACCAAGCGACAGAAUCUCCCUUCUGGGGCUCGACGGCUUGGCGCCAGGAUCGCAAGUGGAGUGUGUUCUGAAGCACGCGGACGGCAGCCAGGACAUCAUCCUGCUCAACCACACCUUCAACGAGGGACAGAUCGAGUGGUUCAAAGCAGGCAGCGCUCUCAACAGGAUGAAAGAACUACAGGCCUAGAAAUCAGCUACAGUUAGCAAAAUAGGACAUUUUAACCACACCAGAUUUGUUUUAGAACCCUUUGCCUGAAAUGCUGAAUGAAAUUUCUUAUCAUAUCACACCAUAAGCCAACAAUACAAUAUGAUAAACCGGUAAUGUAAAGAUAAACUGAAUGUGUAUGAUGUUUACAUUUCUGUAUACAAUUCUGUAUACAGGCCAGAGGACCGUUGGUAUACCAUUGUACUCUGUUUGCCAUUAUAGCUUUGAGUGCUGUAUAGUGCUGUGAUUUGUGGCCUUAAAUUAUCCUUGGUGGCUGAGUAUACAAUAUUACAAUAGUCUUCUUUACUGUGUACAUUUGAUGGUUUAUUAAAAGACGCGCCAAUAAACACACUUAUUGUACCUGA